AUGACAACGAUAGUUGGAGUACUUCGACCAGAACGAGUGGAUUGGCGUACCCUCUUCUGUACAAACCGAUGGUCAAAUUAUAUUUUUUGGUUCCUUGUCAUCUUAUUUACUCUGUUAACACUGCGAGACUUGAAUGAAGCUGUGAAUGAUUACUUGGAAAAUGAAACACAGACUAAUAUGAUGAUGGUGUUCAAUGAGAGUAUGACGUUUCCAAAUGUAACGUUUUGUAUGGGUAAGGAACAGGCAAUGUUGCCGAUUCAACAGCUUAUGCAAGAGCAUGCUAAGGAGGAUUGGGAUACGGAAAUGAAUGUGAGUUUAUGAUUUUUUUAAAGAUAUAUUAUCAUCUUAAAUUAAAAAUAGUUUUUAAUCAAAUCAGUACACGUUUGAUAAAAAUAGUACUGUUUUAAAAAACUAUUCUAUUUUAACAAAGUAGUACUAAUUUAGAAAAGAUAGUAUUAUGUUUAACGAAACUAGCAUUCGUUUGAAAAAAGCGGUAUCAUUUUUAUAAAACAAGUUUUAUUUUGAAAAAAGUUGUACUAUUUUGAUAAAACUAGUACUACGAUGAUUCUGUGAGCAAAUUAGUACUAACUUGAGAACUUCAGAAAGCCCUAAACAAACUAAAUUCGACUGAAGACUUUCUCAGAAAAACCUGGGAUUUUCGCCUGAUUCGAGAAGCAGUUGAAGUCAUUGGGACCUUAUACACCUUCGAAAGGGAGCUUAUGCUUGAACGUAUUCCUUUGAACUUACUUAUGUUAGGAAAAAGCUCACGUACUAUUGUUAAACGGCAAAUGGUGCAGGUAAGUUUUGAAUGUUAUUUUUAACUUUGAUUUAUUUCUUUUUUUUGAUUUUUUUAAAAAAUAAUUUUUUUAAAAAUUUUUUAUAGUUUUAUAAAAUGUUAAAUAAAAUUAUUUAUGUAUCUUUUAAAAUUUUAUGCGUUAUUAGCUAAAAUGCUUUUUUCAGCAAUGGUUAAGUGUACUGGACGACCGAAAUGUGACUUUCAAUCAAUUCUUCCAGAAAACUGGCUAUGAACUUAUCAAAUUGUAAGUGCUAUUGGAAGUGAUUUAGCUUUCUCAGCUUACUUUAUGUUUAAAUAUAGCUUUAGCAUUAACCUGAGCGUGAUUCUGAGCCUAAGCAUGAGCAUGAUGAUAAGCAUGAACAUGAUGAUGAGCAUAAGCCUUAGCUUUAAUUUUAGCUUGAGUCUGAAACUGAGCCUGAGCUACUUACAGCUUUAACCUUAGCUUUAAAGUCAGCUGGAGCCGUAGCCUUAACCUUAGUCUAAGCCUGAGUCUUAACCUUAGCUUGAACCUUAGCCUUACCUUCACGACUAGUAAUACUUUGAAAAAAAUGUUACACUAUGAGCUAAAAGAGCACCAUUUUAAAACUUUUUAUCUUUUAGGUCUCUACAACGAAUGAAGCGUUUUUCGCCGUUUGACGAGCGUGAUCUGACCAUGUACCCAUUAAUAAAGUGGAUAUCAUCUAGCUUGUUCUGCUUCCAACCGGCCGCUCAGGAAGAAUUCUUUGCACCAAUCGACCACCAAGUGGGUUUUUAUAAUUUUUUUUUUAAUUUUAGGUAUAUUAUUGAUUAAAAAUUCUUCAAAUCUUAUUUUCCUUUAUCUUAAGCCCAAUUUAGACAUUUUAAAGUUUCUUAUCAUCACAUUGAAUAAAUUCCAGGGCAAAUUCCUAAACAUUCAAAUCCGCUCCCCCAUAGCCUACGCGCAGCACGAUAUUGACUGUAUCACGGUGGAUUUUGAAGGCCGUUCCUCUGAUUACGAACGUUUUGCGGUAGGAAAAGGCCGUUCUCGAGAUGGAGUUUUUGAAGAAAUGUGUUUUGGCACUGAUUCACAUUUAAACAUUGAAAUUGUGGGCAUUUAUUCGCAAUUGGCCAAUGAUAAUGAAGGCAAAAAAUGUACAGAAUAUGAAGGCGGAACUGACACUGAGUACGGUUGUUUGCUGAAGUGUAGAUUGAACUUCAUUAGGGUAAGAAAAGUUUUAAGUUUGAUGCAUAAAGAGUCCUAUUCCUAGCCCAAGAGUCCUAGCCCUAGCCCUACUUUUAAUGGCUAAAAUUAUAUUAAAAAAUUUAUUUUUAGCACGUUUGUGGAUGCACAGCAACAACCUUACAAGACUACGUCGGAGACGAAUCGGAAUUGACUGAGUUUCCACUAUGCAACUCUUACGAGAACUGUACCUUGGAGUAAGUGUACAAGUAGACAAUACCAUAUAAGUACAAAGUUUUAUGUUUUGUUUGUGUCACAAGAUUCAUAUCUAGCUGUACAAGCAAACAAAAAGCCUAAAAUUUAUGCUUUUUAGACCAACUCUUAAAUCUUAUUUUUCAGACCAACCCAACUCCCAGUAAACGAAACAGAAGACGAUUGUAAGAAAGAAUGUUAUCGUUCAUGCACCACGGUUCAGUGGAACAUACAGAAAGACUUGCGUUCGAAUGCAGCCCAGCUAACUGCAAUGUACGACAACGAAGAUAAAAUUGAAAAAUCAGGAACUGAUCCAAACGUCACUUCGAUCAACUUCUACUGGAAGAACUUUGAGUACAUUCAAACAGAGCAGGACUUUGAAUACACUUGGUCAAGUUUUAUGGGUAAUGUUGGAGGUAUUCUGGGCUGUUGGCUUGGCCUUUCGGUUCUUGGAAUUAUGCAGGUGAGAUGUGCUUUAUUUUGAUUUUGGGUUGUUAGGGUAGAUUAAUGUUACAAUAGUGACAAAGAAGAUCUUAUGUGUAUGUAUGAGGUAGGGCUUGACAGCGUAGCAUACGGUAGUAGGGCCGGGCCUAGGCACAGUAGGUCUUUUGGUAAAAGAGGGUAUAAGAUGUAAUAGGGCUCAGAGCAAGAUAAUAAAAUAUGCUAAAGCUUAAGAUACAGUAGGGCUUAAAAUCUGGUAAAGCUGGCCUUAAGAUAGGGUAGAUUUUAGUGUACGGUAAUUUCUAGGUACGCUAGCAGCUGGUGUACAGUAAGGUCUAUGUUACGAAAGGUCUUGGAGAACGGUAAGGACUAAAGUACGGUAGAGCUCAGGUUAAAGGGCCCUAUUACUUUAGGGCUUAGUAUAUGGUAGGGCUUAAAAUACGCUAGCACCUAGUAAGGCCUAGGGUAGGGUGGAACCUAGAGUACGGUAAAGUUUAAGGUACGGAACUUUAGAAAAAAAAGUAAAAGUCCUCCUAAUCGAAGCUUCCUUUUAGGGCUCUUUCUUCAUCUACGACAAAUGUGCUGAACGCCGUGCCAAGAACGAAGAGAGCGCCGAGACAACGUCGAUGGACCGUACAGUGUCAUCAAACCCCUUGGGCUCAUCAUCAUUGCACUUUAAUCCAUUUGGAGACUUUGUGGAUGCUACUGUAACUAGUGUUAGGAAAAAGAGUAGGGAAAUGCAGGAAAAGUCGAAUAAUGUCGAGAUGAAUCCAAAUCCUCAUGCUGGAUAG